GUUUCCCUGUCUGCCACUGGUCUCUCUCUGUGUUCUCUGACAAUAUAUUGUCUGUCUGUCAUCACUGUGUGAUCUAUAUCUCUUCGUGGUCUCUUGUCCCUGUGCGAGCUGUCAAUCUCUGCGGUCUCGUUACUUGCGAGCUGUCACUCUCUGCGGUCUCUUGUGACUUUGUGAGCAGUCACUCUCUGAGGGCUUUAUUCCAUGUAUGAGCGGUCACUCUCUGCGGUCUCUUGUCUCUGUGUGGUCUCUCACUUUCUCUUUGCCGAAUCACUCAUUCUUUCCUGUGAUUCUGUUACUGUGUUUCCCCUCCCUCCACAUUCCAUCUCCCACUCGUGUUUCUCCUUCUCUCUGAACUGCUGUCUAACUCUACACGUUCCGUGCACUUGUCGUGUUCCCUAAUCCUUUCUGUGGUCAUUUCUCAGUGACAUUUCCUGGUUUCUAUCUCCCUACCUUCUACUCACACACCUUGUCUCGCACACAUUCUCCCUCAGUUUGCUGCCAUUUAUCUCUUGCUUCAGACCUUUGCUGGAUGAGUUGUUAUGUUGUUAAACAUUUAUUAGAGAUCAGAGUUCAGAGGGUGGGUGUCACUAGUGGGCCAUGCAGCGUUGGGUGUGGACGUCUUUUAGCCAUGGAAAAAGCAGUGUGUGGGGAGGUUGGGGGUGUGUAUAUGCUGUACUUAUUCAGGGUGUGUGCUUGCUCUUAAAAGAAUAGAAUCUUUUAUAGUGUAAACGUACGUAUGUGUUGUCAUUUUCUGCCUGGAGAAUAAUUAUUGAGACUGGGUUUAUUCUGCAUAGAAUAGUGUGCCUUUACUUGGGGUGCUGGCAGGCUGGGUCUGUUGGUAGGACUGUGUCUAGGACACACAACACUCUGUGGAUUAGUUGUGAUGCUGUAUUGGCAUGAGGGCUGCGGAUUAUAUCAGUGAGUAUGUUAUAAUUUGAGAGCAGUACAUUAUAUCAGUGAGUAUGUUAGAAUUUGAGGGCAGUGCAUUAUAUCAGUGAGUAUGUUAUAAUCUGACAGCAAUAGAUAUCAGUGCGCAUGUUAUAAUCUGAGGGCAGUACAUUAUAUCAGUGCGCAUGUUAUAAUCUGAGGGCAAUACAUUAUAUCAGUGUGCAUGUUUUAACCUGAGAGCAGUACAUUAUAUCAGUGUGCAUGUUAUAAUCUGACGGCAAUACAUUAUAUCAGUGUGCAUGUUUUAACCUGAGAGCAGUACAUUAUAUCAGUGUGCAUGUUAUAAUCUGAGGGCAAUACAUUAUAUUAGUGUGCAUGUUAUAAUCUGAGGGCAAUACAUUAUAUUAGUGUGCAUGUUAUAAUCUGAGGGCAAUACAUUAUAUUAAUGUGCAUGUUAAAAUCUGAGGAGAGUACAUUAUAUCAGCGUGCAUGUUAUAAUCUAAUGUGGACAAAGAGCUAGAUUUCUAUGUCAAGUGUAUUGGACCCAGUGACCUGCACAGAUGAGAUAUGGAAAUGGUUGUUACUGCAAAUAGGUUCUGCUUUGCAUGAAGGUAUAUGUUUAAAGAUUCAGGACAUAUUAAGGUACAUGUGAUAUCACUUUCUUCAGAUGGAGCAACAGGAUCAAGACAUUAAGCUCCUUUUGACAUUGGAUGACUUCAUCCCCCCACAUUUGCAGAAGAAACCCAGUCCGAAACAAGAGCAGAUUCCUUCUGAAGAUUUGGUAAGACUACUAUUCAGUAAGAUUACUAUUAUUGUGCUGAGGCUUACAAGCAUGGCUAAGCUCAUGUCUAACCUCAGGCAUGGCAGCUACUGUGGACAAUCCAGACUGUAGGCAAAACCGGGACCACUGGUGUGCCUUGAAGACAUGGUUGGGAUUGGGAGCAACGUAGUCAUGAUACACACUUGACUGGCUAAGCAUCAUCUGCUUGGAUCUGAGUGCUUGGAUCUCAAAUUCUAACCUCCUCAGAUGUUGGUGGCCUACAAUUCCAAAAAUUCCUUGAAUGCAAUACAUGGGUAAGGAGUCAUGUGAGUUGAAGUUCAGCAACAUCUAAGGAGGGCAGAUUUACAUGGCAGUGGGACCCCAAGCCCCAAACAAACAUGGUAAACGGGUUUAAGGUUUGAGAGGGGUUAACAUAAAAAAUAGUGUACAUAGGGUGUUUUAUGUUAAAAGUUUUAAAAUGAUAAAUGUGUUUAGAAACCAGUUCCUGUAAAUAAGAUCCAUUGUUCUGUCCUAAAUUCAAUUUAUUAAAAAAAGUAGUAAGUCACAAAAAAGUUCUAUAACACCCUUAAAAUUAAAGUGUCCCUCUUUGUCCAUUUGAGAUUAUGGGAAGUAUGCACACAGACCUUGAAAGAGCUGGGACAGCACUGUGUUUUACACCCUCUAUAAUUGUUCCUGCAGCACUGCUAUCAAGAAAGCUGACUGGACUAUUGAAGACAUUGGCCAAGGCUCCUGGUACUAUUUAUCAUCCCCAAUUAGCCCACUUGAGUUCUAAAAAGUCACAUCAUAAAUGCUUCAAAUAGGCACACCCUACAAGACAGGUGCCUGUUGGCAGGUGUCUAUGCUGCCUACUGGGAAAUCUAGCCCUUCAUCUGGGUAGGAUGGUGUUUGAGAUGCCUGAUGUGGAAUGUAAAGAGUGAGCAGUUUAACAUUAAAAUGUAAAUUUCAUUAUUAUGUAAAAUACAUGAUUUGGGUAAAAGUGCCUGUUCAGAAAUAAAGAAUACAUGCACACAUUGACAUGUAACUCUCUCUACAAUACGUAAAUAUGCUCUACAAUACGCUUCCAAACUGGUCAUAGUUAAGUGAUAAUGUUAUGUUUUAGGAGGUGGCAGCGAUAUAACAAGAACUACAUAGAAGGGUCGCAUGGCCUGGGAAAGCUGCUUAUUAUAUCUACUUUACGCUAUCUUGCUGUCUCUUAAGGAAGUUUAUCAUUAAAUAACUAUUUAGAUUCUGGGAAUUAGAACCCAGUUAAUUGUCAAAUGUCUAAAUAUAUCAUUACAAAUACCCUAUACAUAAUGUAUAACGCCAAUAUAUUUAUAAAUAAAUUUAUUUUAUUUUUUAUGUAUUAUGUCAGUCAUGGCCGGAGAGCCACCCAUAUUCUUCAGAGAGCAUGCACUAUUACAACAGAACCACUAAUUCACCCCCAACAGAGGAUAAAUGGGAAACCUCAAGUCAACAGAAAUUCUGGAUACGCUAUGAUGGCAUUGGUCCGACAGAUGAAGAAGGGAUGCCGUAUGCCUCCAGAACUGUGAGUGCACUCACUAUGUACACUAUUACUGUAGAAAUCUAUUUAGGAAGCACAGUUUACUGUUAGAUUGAAGUGCCCUUUAACUUUUAACGUAGCCGUUACCAUUAGUUUCAUGUUUGAGGAUAAGGUAGAGAAAGGUGAUGAUGACACCCGAUCUCUGUUUUUGCAGAGUGUGGACAAACCUCGAGACUGGUACAAGAGCAUGUUCAAAGUCCUGCACCGACGAACAGGUCAGUAAUGACUGGUCAUGGAAUAUACAGCCUGAGACAGGAUCAGGUCACACAGCAUCUCCAGAUCAGGGGGAAUUUAGAGAUGUAAAAUGUUUUUUUUGUUUUGUUUUUUGCCAUGGAGAUUUCAUUGGCACUACCAAUAUAGACCAGAUCAUUUAGUAAUGUAUAGCUCCCUAAUGAAAUAUAUAUAUUCCUUUAAAUUAUAUUGAUUUUCUAUUUUAACAUAUACUUCUUUAAUUGAAGCAAAUAUUAAACUAAAUUAGGUUCCAAUGUACAAUGAAAGAGAAAUGCAUCGUUGCAGAGAGAUGCUGCUUUACUUUUCCAAUGCUUAUCGCUGCCUGGCAGCUGUAUAAGCUGAGGACUUGCACUGUCUAUAUCAGUGGUUGUCUCAGCUAACCAGUAGCAGGUACUAUUUGGAGAUUGGUACUGAGAAUGUUAUUAGAAUUCCUUCAAUAGAUUCUGUAGAAAAUAGAAUCAUUCAAUUUCAUAUAACAGUGUGUGAGGGUCAGUGACCAGGGUUGCCUGUAUGCGUCACACUGGCUGUGGGUUGUGUUUUUUUUAUAACACAGCCAUGUUAAAGUGUUGCCACCCAGCACAGGUAUGUCCUGUUAAGGGUUAGUUAGUCUGCAGCGGUGUGUAAGAAUUACCCAUUCUAUCUCAUUAGAUAUUUUGACUUUUUGCACAGGCAAGGUUUUUUGGUUUUGUUUACUGUAUAUAUCAGGGCUGAGGAAUACGACAGCCAUCGCUGCCGUCAAAGGGUAGUUGGAGAAGUGUGGUAUCAUUUAUGUCAAUAUUUCAAAUACUCGGGUUUUGUGCUCAAUCUUUGAAAUAGCUGUUUCAAAGAAUGCCAGAUAAGAACUCAUGUUGAGGAAAAGUGAAAUUAAUUAUAUGUUUUUCAUUUUAACUACUGACCGUGCAGACUGAAGGCAUAAAACAUUGAUUCAUAACAUGAAGGGAGAUAAUACUGGCAAUGCUCAUGAGUUUUGUUUCAGAUUCAGAGGACAGCGACUCAGAAGAUGAAGAACUGGGAAACCCUGGGCUCCAAACUAAAAGUCCCAACUCACUAAGUAAUGCUGAGUGAGUAUGUGUGUAGAAUGAUUCUUGAACAACAUUACACCAUUGUAAUCCAGGCUUUAUCUUGCCAGCUAGCUCUCUGUAUCUUGUACUUUAGCUAAAUACAUUUAUUAACUGUUUCAGCAUUUUUUCACUAUGGUACACAGCAGUUUUUCUGUGUGUCAUCUUUACUUCCAUAGAUCAUUGCUAUGUUUGCAUUUACAUCUUUACCUUUUACUCCAUUCUCCCCAGUAGGUUGCAAAACAAUCAAAAGUUGGAACAUUAUAAGCUGAAAGACCCGCCAGUUACUAUUAGCCCUACCUUUAAGCAACCACAGAAAAAAAUAAACUCCAACCCUGCCGAGCAUGAAACCACUCUAAAACCCACCCUCGCCAAAUCCAAAAGUACAUUAAAUCACAUUCCUAAAAAAGAAGAUUCAUCUAAAACUAAUAUUUCAAGCAAGCUGCACUACUAUUCAAACACCUCAUCUCCAUUAAAUCAGUCAACAGGAGUUCAGCUAAACACAAACCUCACAUCAAAAGGACCAAAAUCAACUUCACAAUUAUUCCAUAAUGUUUCCCAGAAAUCAUCAAGUCCAACUACUAAAGAGAGAUCACCUGCAGAAAAGAAUGGUCUCACUGAACCACGACACAAAGUGGAAAAAGCAAGGUUGGUUUGGACUUCAUUAGAGCACAAUUCACAAGAUCCUUACCUAGGCUCUUCAAAUGAUAAACCUGAACUAGCUACUAAGAAGUCAGGUACUUUGCAAAACCUUUCCACAAGAAAUCGACGUUUAUCAUCUGGAAGCACCUCUAAAGAGACAUCCUCUUUAAGCCUUUCUCCCAAAGAGGCACGUCAUUAUCGAAGAUCGACCUCUAAGGUUUUGGUAUGUAUCAACUCAACAUAAACGUAUGUUUAUAUAUAUAUAGAUAUAAUUAUUGGUAUUAAUAUUUAUAAAGCGCUCACAAUUUUCAAAGUGCUGUACACAUCUUCCAUUACGAAUAAGGAAUAAUCAGUCUAAGCCCCAACACCAACCAUUAGGUAGGGAGAGUUUUACAAAUUCUACAUAGGUUAAAGAGAACCCUCAAAACCUGAAUAUGUUUAACUGACUCUCAGCAUUGUCUUAGGGGAUUCCUUUAACGGUAGGUUAACAAAAGGCAGUGGACAAAUGCUAGCAGAACUGGUAGAUUUGGGACAUACCUGGGUAUUUCACAUUUUUAAACUUGAAAUUGUCACAUAUGGCCACCCAAAGUAUUAGCGUAUAAUUGGUAAAAUGUUGGACAACUCUGCUAUGACAUGCUUAAAGGGACACUUUAGUCACCAGAACAUCUACAGUUUAUUGUAUUUGUUCUGGUAUGUAUAAUCAUUCCCUUUAGGCUUUUUGCAGUAAACAUGGUCUAUUCAGAGAAAAGGCAGUGUUUACAUUUCAGCCUAGGGAUACCUCCAGUGACCACUGGAGUGGUGCUUCCUGGGGCAGUCGGACAUUCAGGGUGUCUACCCUCUGCAUGGAGGUACUGAACUUCCCUCUCUAUGAGGAGAUGCUGAUUGGCCAGGGCUGUGUUUGUCUUGUGCUAUCUCUGCCCUUGACCUGCCUCCUUGACAAUAUCAGCCAAUCCAAUGCUUUUCUAUGGAAAAGCAUUGUGAUUGGCUCAGAUCACCACUUUUGAUGAGGUCAGCCAAGGAGGCAGUUUAGGGGUAGAUAAGCCAGCAGCAGCAUACCGGAAUAAAGGUAAGAUUUUACUAUAUUUAGGGGGGCAAGGUGGGGGGCACAUGGUUAGAUGGUGUUUUUAACACUCUAUGAUCAGGAAUAAAUGUUUGUGUUCUUGACCCUAUAGUGUUCCUUUAAGCCCAGGUAGAACUUGGAAGGCACUAUUUACUAAGUGGAACAAAGACUCUGCCAAAUAUAGGGUUGUCAAAACGCUGUUUUACUGAAUGACACUUCUUGAACAUACAUGCAUCAGAGCAUGCACCUCAUGGUGUCCAUUUUUUAUAACUAUGAACCUGGCUGAAAACACAAACAUAAACAGCAGUAAAUUUCAUAUUCAGUGGACCCUGCAUCUCUCCAUAGUUACUACUGAACAUAGCAGGGUCGAUUACCAUUAUGCUUAUCAUAACAGAAAUGGUAUUAAUAUAUCAGAGGCAGGAGAGCACAUGGUAUGUAACUACUAACUGCCCUCACCAUCCACAUUUCCACAACACCUACUAGCUCAACUCCAUAAAUAUAGGGCUGAAGUAACAUGACUCAUACUAAUACAAUUUGCUUGGUGGACUAUAUAUUUUACUUGUUCUCUCACUCAGGGGAGUGGUGGCAAAGGGCCAAUUGGCCAGAGGUCACUAGCAUACGCGAGUUCUAGGUUGAAGCCUCAUAGUAUCAUUUCCCUGUUAAUUAAAAUCUAUCGGGGGUUACUUUGAUGUCUGCUGGUGCAGUACUGCAGGAGUGAGAGAGAAGACAUGGAUUGUACAGGGUACUUAAAGGAGCACUAUAGUGCCAGGAGAACAAGCUUGUUUUCCUGGCACUAUGUAGUCCUUAGGCCCCCCCACCCUAAUGGCCCCCCUGCCGCUGGGCUGAAGGGGUUAAAACCCCUUCAGACACUUACCUUACUCCAGCGCCGGGCUCCCUCUGUGCUGGGGAACUCUCCUCCUCUUGCCGACGUCAGCGCCGAAUGCGCAUGCGCGGCAUGAGCUGCGCGGGCAAACAGCCCAUAGGAAAGCAUUACUCAAUGCUUUCCUAUCGACGUCAGCAUCUUCUCACUGUGAUUUUCGCAGUAAGAAUUGCGGAAGCGGCCUCUAGUGGCUGUCAGUGAGACAGCCACUAGAGGCUGGAUUAACUCUCAGUGUAAACAUAGCAGUUUCUCUGAAACUGCUAUGUUUUCAACUGCAGGGUUAAAACUAGAGGGACCUGGGACCCAGACCACUUCAUUGAGCUGAAGUGGUCUGGGUGCCUAUAGUGGUCCUUUAAUAUCCCAACACCAUGUAAACUUGUGCUUUGAUUGGUGGCCUGUACUCUCGAUCUGCAAAUGGUCCCUCAUGCUGCAUAAGUUAAACUAAUAGAGGUUACAGGGAUGACACCAUCAUGACUUUCUGCCGAUAGAUCUGUGAGCUUUGUAUGUAAAAAAAAAAAAGCUAUUCAUUUGUAUUUGACUCCAAAGGUCAAAAGUUGCCAGCCCUCCAUUUCUCUCAUUUCACUAACUACACAUAUCACUGUAGAACCUUUUCUCUCAUAGCAAGAAAGAGCUUACAGCAUACACACCGAGACGCCUUUGCGUGUAUAUUAUCUAUUUCUAGCUGCUCCCAUGACUUUAAGUUAAUGUAUUACUAUGUUUCUGUUGUAAAUCAAGUAAAUAAAUGUAAACGGUCUUUGCAGCAAGUAAAUAAAAUAAUCACUUUCCUUUUAUUAUCCAUGACUUGCUUUGAACAGAUGUGUUAGUAAAAUGUUAUGGUAUCUAUGUGCAUAGUAUAUGUAGAAGUAUGUAUAUUCUGUCAGCAAAGUAGUAUUAAACCCAUAACCAAUUUAUGCAAUUACGUACUACGUGAUGCACAUUUUUGCUAUUACAGGAGGGCUAAAAACAAACAUAAUAUAUAGUUUACAGAGGGAGCAGUGUAAACUAUGUUAUUCUAAAAUAAAUAAUCACGCUAUGUUAUCUAGACGCAUCUUUUCAGAUAGUUUCUAGUUCCUUUUUGUGGACAUUGAAAGGCGUGUGUCACUUUCUGCUAAUUUAUCUUUGAAAAAUAGGCAAACAAGUCAGUAAACUAUGGUAUAAAGUCCUCCAGCUCAGUUUGUUUAUUGGUGGGCAUACAUUUUAAUUUAUUGUAUGUCAUUCGCAGAGGGCCAUAGGAGCUGCAGUCCACAACAUCUGUAGUGCUAUUAUUGAAAAUUGCAUAGUGAACCUGCCUGUUAUAUAUACAUUGUCAUCGUGAAGGUCCUGCAGUGGGCAGUUUUGGGGUGUGCAUACUUUAAGGAACCAUGCAACGAUGCCUUUGUUAAGUAGAAAUGUAUUUCUCUGCAAACCCUAAAAAGGUUUCUGUUACUUUGGACACGAACUAAAAUAAGCAUUUAUGCCACUUCAGAGCUAGAGGAAUUGAUGUGCUUGCAAUCUAUCUUUUGGGUUUAAAAGGAUUUCACUGCCUAAAUCUGCACAGGUGUUAUACUGUCUGUACGGUCCAUGUUGCUGCAUAAACUUAUUACAUAUUUAAUAAUACCUGCAGGAUCAGCUGGAGGCAGAGCUGCAAGAAUUCACAAAGGAGCUUGAGAGGGACCAGAAGGUUCAUAUGGACACACCGGGCAAUCUACUGAAUCAAAAUACAGUAUGUAUAUAACAGUAUGUAUAUAAAUAUGGUGAGGCUGGAUUAUCACUGUGAGGGCAGAAAUUUUACCCUACUCAUAUCUGAAAUGUAGGCCAUUUUAUUUUGUCCUAAGGAAAUUUCAACCCCGCUAUUUAUAUUGCGAGUCCCAAGGAUAUUAAGGGGUUAAUCCUGGUAACCAACAGUAAAUACCUGGAGAUUAAUGUAUUGCAGGGGUAGCAACAUUGCUCACUGAGAUGAAGAUAAUUAGAUUUACAAAAAGUGAUAGCCAAUGAAGUUCAGUCUAUCAAGUUCCCAUAUUCCAUGACCAAAAAGGAUGCAACUCCAUUCCCAAAAAUGGAAGUUGAUGCUGUUUAGACUGCUGUUUACACGUGAGUUUACAGAGGUAGAGGUUCUAUUUCAACUGUCAAAAGUAAAGACAAGUCAAUGGGACCUGAUGGAAUACACCCAAAACUAUUAAAAGAGCUUAGUGGUGUACUAGCAAAACCAUUAACAGAUUUAUUUAACCAAUCAUUGUUAACAGGAGUAGUCCCAGAAGAUUGGAAGUUAGCAAAUGUUGUGCCCAUUUACAAGAAAGGUAAUAGGGAGUAGUCGGGCAACUAUAGGCCAGUAAGCCUUACUUCAGUAGUGGGGAAAGUGAUGGAAACCAUGUUAAAGGAUAGGAUUGUUGAACAUCAAAAAACACAUGGAUUUCAAGAUCAGAGACAACAUGGGUUUACUUCAGGGAGAUCAUGCCAAAGUAAUCUUAUUGAUUUUUUUGAUUGGGUAACUAAAAUUAUAGAUCAGGGUGGUGCAGUAGACAUUGCUUACCUAGAUUUCAGUAAGGCUUUUGACACUGUUGCACAUAGAUGGCUUAUCAAUAAACUGCAAUCUUUAAGUUUGCAUUCCAAUAUUGUUGAAUGGGUAAGGCAGUGGCUGAGUGACAGGCAACAGAGGGUUGUAGUUAAUGGAAUAUAUUCGAAGCUUGGACUUGUCACCAGUGGCGUACCUCAGGGAUCUGUACUUGGACCCAUUCUCUUUAAUAUUUUUAUUAGUGAUAUUGCAGAGGGUCUUGAUGGUGGAAACGAGGCCGGACUGGCCAUCCGGGCAUACCGGGCAAAUGCCGAUUGAGCCUUGAUGGCCGUGCUGGGGCCGAGGAGCCCGGCGGGGGAUCUCCCGACGGCCUGCGAACCCAGCGCUACCCGAGCGCCGGCCCCGCUGUGUGUAUCCAUGGGCCGGUGGGGAGAUCAAAGAUCUCCUCACCGGCCCAGAGGCAGGGAGAUGUUGCCGCAGGCUGGAGAGGGAGGGAGGGAGGAGAGGACCGGCGGAGCUCUAGCCAGCAGCUCCGCCGGGUCCUCUCGCGAGAUUCUGAGCGUUGCCGCGGUUACCACGGCAACGCUCAGAUCUCGCGAGAGUGAACUCUAACCUGCAGGUUAGAGUUCACUCUCACCACUGGACCACCAGGGAAUGCAGCAUGGCUCCCCUCAAGGCUCCCCCUGCCAGGCAGAACGGCUCCCUCCCCCUCCCAGGCUAAAGGUAAGAAGGGAGGGGGGGGGACAUAACUUAUAUAUAAAAAAUAUAUACUUAAAAUUAAUUCCCAAACAGCACCCCCAGACACACACACAUACCCCAGACACACACAGCCAACUCACACACAGCACCCCCACACACACACACAGCACCCCAGACACACAGCGCCCCAGACGCACACUGCACUUUAGACACACACAGCCAACUCCACACACAGCACCCCAGACACACCUGCACCCCCAGAGCACAGCACCCCAGACACACACUGCCCCCAGACACACACAGCCAACUCACGCAUGGCACCCCAGACACACACUUACCCCCAGACACACACUGCACCCCCAGAAACACACAGCACCCCCAGACACACACAGCCAACUCACACACAGCACCCCCAGAAACACACACAGCACCCCAGAAACACACACAGCACCCCCAGACACACUCACACACAGCACCCCCAGACACACACACAUACCCCAGACACACACAGCCAACUCACACACAGCACCCCCACACACACACACACAGCACCCCAGACACACACUGCACCCCCAGAAACACACAGCACCCCAGACACACACAGCACCCCCAGACACACACAGCCAACUCACACACAGCACCCCCAGAAACACACACAGCACCCCAGAAACACACACAGCACUCCCAGACACACUCACACACAGCACCCCCAGACACACUCACACACAGCACCCCCAGACACACACACACACAGCACCUCCAGAUACACACACAGCACCUCCAGAUACACACACAGCACCCCCAGACACACACACAGCACCCCCAGACACACUCAGCACACCGAGGGACACACAUAGCACACAUAUAUAUAUAUAUAUAUAUAUACACACACACACACUACAGCACCGCUCACACUGCACCACUACACACAUUACGCUCCAGAUACACGCUAGAUCCCUUACCCUAUAUGCACUCUAAAUCCUCUGCACACACAAUCUUCUAUACACACUCUGGGUCCUUUACACACUAGAUCUCUUACACACACACAGUGCUCCACCUACACACACACUACAUUCCUUGUAAGGAAACACAUACAACAUUCUCUAAACACACCCUCUCUACAACCCCUACACACACUACAUCACCUAUACACACACUACUGCCCGUAUGCACACACUCGCUACAUCCCCUAUAACACUAUGCCCCUAUACACGCACUCUCUACAGCCCCUAGCCACACAUAUUACACCACAUAUAUUACACCUAUUUACACAAUACCACACCACACUCUACACACAGGCAAUCCCACAAGCAGGCGCCAAACACAUGCACCAUACACUUUCCUGGCCCUUUUGUCCUCUGGUAUCCCACUUGUGGAGACACCAGACACAAUUUAAAAGCAAACACAGCGCAAGCAUGUUAUUACAUUUGCUUGCGCUGCGCAGAACAAAUACAGGGCCUUUUUCUAAAGCCAGAGCUCUUCAGCGGGGCUCUGCACAUUGAACCAACAUGCUCACAUUGAGAGGGGGCGUGCUUGUCAUUAGUGAUGACAAAACACACCCUCUCUGGCCCCGCCCCCUUCUUGGGGGGCCGCUCUAAUUGAAAAAUGCCCGGGCCUAAUUUUUUUCCCAGUCCGGCCCUGUGGUAAGGUAUGUCUUUUUGCUGAUGAUACUAAGAUAUGUAACAGGGUUGAUGUUCCAGGAGGAAAAGCCAAAUGGCAAAUGAUUUAGGUAAGCUAGAAAAAUGGUCAGAAUUGUGGCAACUGACAUUUAAUGUGGAUAAGUGCAAGAUAAUGCAUCUUGGAUGUAAAAACCCAAGGGCAGAGUACAGAAUAUUUGAUAGAGUUCUAACCUCAACAACUGAGGAAAGGGAUUUAGGGGUGAUUAUUUCUGAUGACUUAAAGGUAGGCAGAAAAUGUAAUAGAGCAGCAGGAAAUGCUAGCAGAAUGCUUGGUUGUAUAGGGAGAGGUAUUAGCAGUAGAAAGAGGGAAGUGCUCAUGCCUCACUUGGAGUAUUGUACGCAGUACUGGAGACCGUAUCUCCAGAAGGAUAUUGAUACCUUAGAGCAGUGUUUCCCAACCCAGUCCUCAAGGCACACCUACCAGUCCAGGAUUUAGGGAUUACCCAGUUGUGUCUAAAGUGUUUUUUUUCUUCUUUGUAAAACACCUUAGACACAACUGGGUAAUCCCUAAAUCCUGGACUGGUAGGUGUGCCUUGAGGACUGGGUUGGGAAACACUGCCUUAGAGAGGGUUCAGAGAAGGGCUACUAAACUGGUUCAUGGAUUGCGGGAUAAAACUUACCAGGAAAGGUUAAAGGAUCUUAACAUGUAUAGCUUGGAGGAAAGGCGAGACAGGGGGGAUAUGAUAGAAACAUUUAAAUACAUAAAGGGAAUCAGCACAGUAAAGGAGGAGACUAUAUUUAAAAGAAGAAAAACUACCACAACAAAAGGACAUAGUCUUAAAUUAGAGGGUCAAAGGUUUAAAAAUAAUAUCAGGAAGUAUUACUUUACUGAGAGGGUAGUGGAUGCAUGGAAUAGCCUUCCAGCUGAAGUGGUAGUGGUAAAGGAGUUUAAGCAUGCGUGGGAUAGGCAUAAGGCUAUCCUAACUAUUAGAUAAGGCUAGGGACUAAUGAAAGUAUUUAGAAAAUUGGGCAGACUAGAUGGGCCGAAUGGUUCUUAUCUGCCGUCACAUUCUAUGUUUCUUUGUGUUUAAUUUUAUUUUCUAUGUAUAAUGUGCUGAAACAUUUCUCAGCACCGUACAAUUUAGGGGAUGUAGACCAAAAAAAAAUGCUGACUUAUCAAUUUGAGUAGAAUGGAUUUUACAGCAAUUAUAUAGAAACUUUAAGCAUGGUUGGUAACACGUGAGCUUACAACCUAGAACAGAAAGAUAGUGAGACAAAAGGCUGCAGCAGAAAGUGAGAAUAGGCCACAGUAGGGACACUGUAGGUAUUGUUUAGGUUGAUAAAUAAUCGGGAACGUGAAAUGAGAAAAAUACAAAUUUUCAUAUAAAAUGUAACCUAGAUAAUUACUAUGUGCAUAUACCAGGACAUUAAAAAUACAUGAUAUAGGAUAACUAAGAUAAUAUGUUCAGAAAGCUAUUGUAAGUUUUGACAGACCAUCUGCUGAAAUAUACUUGUGAGGAGCAUUUGCAAUGGUGAGGUUCAAAUGGGGAUGUCGUAAUGUGAGUCUGGUGGGAAAAAGUGGCAAUGAUGAGGUUCAGAGGAGGAUGUUGCAGUGUGCGUCAUGCUGGGAACAGCUGAAAUGUUGAGGUUCAAAGAGGUGCUAUAGUGUGCGUCUUGUGGGUAAUAGUUGUAAGGGUUUAAUUCAGAUGGGGAUGUUGCAAUGUGAAUCUUGUGUUGAGCAGAUAAACUGUUGAGAUACAAAGAAGGAUGGUAUAUAGUGCUUCUUCUGUGGAACAGUUGUAAAGUUUAUGUUCAAAUGGGGAUGUUGCAGUGUGAGUCUUGUGGGGAGCAGUUGCAAUGGUGAGAUUUACUUGAUAUAACCUUCUAUUUCAAUUUAAACAAAUACAAUGUUUCUUAGUGUGUUUACUCACAUAUUUUCCCGUGCGAAUGAUGAAUCUCCUUUCCUAAUGGUUAGGGAGAAUUUUUUGGGAUAGGAACAGAUUUCCCAAUAGGGAGAGUAGGUACCUGCCUACAACCCGUAGGGGGCACCUGUAUACAGCACUUACAAUGUGCCAUUUUGGUGCUUAAGUACGCUGGUGGGAAGAUGGGCACCAUGAGCUUUGGCCAGUGUCCAGUCAGCUUCCUAUGCUUGACUGCUGACUCCUUCGAUCACCAAAUCCCAUUACCCUUCCAUUCCCAAUAAGUAAUGCAACACCAUGUUAAGGGGGUAAGGGCAACGGCCACAGCUUUAUUUAACCCCUUAAGACCGGAGGGCGUACUAUUACGCCCUAUUUUAGGCGGCUCUAAACGCCGCUGGGCGUAAUAGUACGCCCUCCGGUCUUUCAUUACUUACCCGGUCACCGGCGGCCCCACGCCGGCGAUUGCGGUUGGGGGGACUCCCAGGGAGCCUCCCCGCAGCAGAUCUUCCUCCUGGCAGCCCCCCUGGCCAUGUGAAAGUGAGGUCCUUGCAAGGACCUCCCAAUCACAUGGCCGGGCUAGCUGGCUGCUGCAUUGCCAACAGGGGGGCUGCUUGUAAUGACAGGUAGUCCCCCUGCUGGCUGGAAAAAAAAAAAAAUUAAAGUUAAAAAGUGUAAAAAAAAAAAAAAAAAAGAUAUAUACUUAGAUCAUAUAGAUCAUAUAUAUACAUACACACACAUACACUCUAGGUAUAUUUUACUAUUAAUAUAUAUAUAUAAUUAUAUAUAUAUAUAUAUAUUAAUAUCAAAUUACUCGUAGACGGAUACUGAUUAAAUAUAUAUAUAUAAUUAUUAUUAUAUAUAUUUAUAUAUAAUAUAAAAAAAUUAAAUAUGUAAAUAUGUUAAAAAAUUAAAUUAAAAAAUAAUUAAAAAAAUAAUUAAAAAAAUAUAUAGAUGUGUGUUAUUUCAUUCUAACUGUAUUGUGAUAUUGAUAUAUAUAUUUAUAUCAAAAUACACGUAGAACGAAUAUAUCUAUAUAUGUAAAUAUAUACGUAUAUAUCACUAUAUAUACCUAUAUAUAAAUAAAAAUAUUUUAAAAAUAAAUAAAUAUAUAUAUAUAUACACACACACACACACAUAUUAAUUCUACAUAUAUAUUUAUGUAAUAUUUUUACAUAAUUAGGUAUCUUAAUUAAUUACAAUUAGCGGGAGCUGCCUGACAACCCAUGCCGAAAGUAAAGGGAAUUUAAUUUGCUAGCACUAUAUUUAACCCUAUAACUUUCCAAGACACCAUAAAACCUGUACAUGGGGGGUACUGUUCUACUCGGGAGACUUCGCUGAACACAAAUAUUAGUGUUUCAAAACGGUAAAAUGUAUUACAACGAUGAUAUCGCCAGUAAAAGUGACAGUUUUUUGCAUUAUUCACGCACAAACAGCACUUACACGGACGAUAUUAUUGCUGCGAUACUUUUUACUGUUUUGAAACACAAAUAUUUGUGUUCAGCGAAGUCUCCCGAGUACAACAGUACCCCUCAUGUACAGGUUUUAUGGUGUUUUCAAAAGUUACAGCGUCAAAUAUAAGGCUUGUGUUUCAUUUUUUUCACAUUAAAAUUCGCCAGAUUGGUUACGUUGCCUUUGAGACCCUAUAGUAGCCCAAGAAUGAAAAUUACCCCUAUGAUGGCAUACCAUUUGCAAUAGUAGACAACCCAAGGUAUUGCAAACAGGGUAUGUCCAGUCUUUUUUAGUAGCCACUUAGUCACAAACACUGGCCAAAAUUGGCAUUUUUUGCAUUUUCACACACAAACAAAUACUAACGCUAACUUUGGCCAGUGUUUGUGACCAAAUGGCUACUAAAAAAGACUGGACAUACCCCAUUUGCAAUACCUUGGGUUGUCUACUAUUGCAAAUGGUAUGCCAUUAUGGGUGUAAAUUUCAUUCCUGGGCUACUAUAAAGUCCCAAAGGCAACGUAACCAAUCUGGCGAAUUUCAAUUUCAAAUGUAACGUGCUACAUUUGACCCUGUAACUUCCCAAAACGCCAUAAAACCUGUACAUAGGGGGUACUGUUUUACACGUGACUUUGCGGAGUACAAUUUUUAUUUAAAGUAUUUUAUUGCAGUAAAAGCAAACAGUAUUAUGACUGACAGUUAAAAUGUCAUGUAGAACUAAAAAAAAUCUUAUUUUCUCCCAUUUUUUUCAUAUUAAAUUAUGUUUCAUAGCUAAAUAUUUGAUAUUAAAUGAAAGCCCUGUUUCCCCUGAAUAAAAUGAUAUGUAAUAAGGGUGGGUGCAUUUAAUAUGAAAGAGGUGAAUUACGGUUGGACAGACAUGUAGCGCAAAUGCCAGGUUUUGUUUACAUUUUGUUUUGUUCACAACGUGUACAUUUGGCUCAGUCCUUAAGGGGUUAAACCAACAUAACCACAUACUGUCAGCUGCUGGUUUUACGCAGCAGACAGGUACACUUUAACCUUCUUCCAGAGCCUCUUCAGCCUGUCCUUCGUCAUCAACCAAAUUCAGGCUGCGACUCCUGAAGCCCAUCCGAGCAUUAUUCAUUUACCAAACUUGCUGGCGCAGGAAACCCACAGAGCUGUAGGAACAGUUAAAGAGGGUGUAAAACUCAUUGCUGUCCCAACUCCUCUUAGUCUUUGUGUGAGACUAAGCCUUUCACACUGGAAAUUAAUUGCUGGAGGAGCAGGGACAGCCCUGAGUGAGGCACACUGUAUAACCAUUACUGCAGCUCUGCUAUCAAUAAUAGGAGGCGGACUGUAAUUUGCAAAUAACCCUCAAAUAUUUCCAUAGCCCUAAAUGUAACCGUUUUCUCUGUUCCACAUGUAAGCAUACAAAGCUUAAACUUAUAAAUAAAAACCAUUUACCUUAAUUCUAGGUUUAUUCACUCUUAAAAACUAAACACUCCAUGUACCCCAAUACUUACUUUAAGACAACUUUAACCCAAAUGCAAAAUGUAACCCUACACUAGCUGCCUAAAUGCAUAUUUACUAAGGCCUGUAUAUAUGGUUGUAGAUAUGUUUAUGCCUGCAAUGUCCAGUUAAUAAAUUAGUUAAAGGGGCACUGUGACGAGACCAAUCUCGCCACAUUGCAUUGGAGAAGCCUGGUUGCUCGCCUGUUGCCUUUGGAUUAUGGCCCCAUGCUAAAAGGCUUGAUUUUCCCCUGCAAAGACAUGAAAGCCGGGUCAUUUAGUGCUUGCCCUGUGUGAGCGGUGAUACCCCAGAUAGCUAUGCCAUGGAGCCCAUUCGUAUAAUGAAAGACUAUGGGAAAGACUUUGGCUCCAUGGCAAUUGAACUGUAUGUGUGUUCUCUGAGCGCCAUUCAGUAAUAAGGUGCACUCAGAUCUGAACUAUCUGGGGAUAUGUUGAAUGUACCUGUUUUGUGCAAUGGCUGCACAGUUAUGUGUUUUAUUGUCUUUUGCUGCCAUGUGUUCAAUGGUGUUUUGCCUCUGUCCUGGGAGAUAAUUGGAUUACUUCCCAAUUAUCUCCAGGAUAGAAGACUCUGUGGAACUGGUUUUGGGCAGAAAAGCCAUGCUGCCUUUGGUCACAAAAGGACUACGAUCUAUCUUUUGAACCACUGGACCAAUUUGGAUGAUUUUGACAUAUGUUUGUAUUUGGGGUAUGCUGAUUCUGAAUUUAUGUGAAUGUGAUGCAUACUUUAAGUUAUGAAUAAUGUGGAAAAAUUGUAUUUCUCUGCUUGUGCUAAUUACAUUACCCAUUGUGUAAGGUAAUUGUAGCACAGGCAGAGGGGAGGAUUUUGUGUGGGAGUGUCUGAGUGUAUUGUAUGUGUUUACUGGUUGUUUUCCAAAACCCUGUGGGUGGUACUAAUGUGUAUAUAAGAACAAUAAACCCACAGCUCUGUCUGUUCACUGCUUGACCCUCGUUCUUGGGGGAUUUAUUGUAUGCUGUUCCAGUUUGACUGCUAGGAGAGUAAACCUAUUCGUAUGGUUUUUCCUAUUCGGCUGUUUACAGCAUUCAUAUGGUUUCCUGUUCGGCGGAUUGGUGUUCUGCAGUAGCUGUGCCUGUGUCUCUGGAACGGGAAGAUCUCCUAAACGGCAGUUUAACCCUUUUAUGCCUGGGGGUGCCGUUACAGGCACUAAACAUAGUAAAUUAACUCCUAAAUGACAGAAUUGAGCAGUGAUACUGCAGGGGCAUGAUCUAUACACCAAAACUGCUUUGUUGAGCUAAAGUUGUUUUGGUGACUAUGGUGUCCCUUUAAAUUCUGUUUACCUGGAAUUUAAAAAUAUAAUAAUAUUUUGAGGGGAGGAAGCCAGGGGUGCAUUGCAAUUUCUACAGGCACCUGACAUAUAAAUCCUGCCCUGCGCUGGGAUGCAUUAGAACGGUUAAGACAAUUGUGUAUACAGGCACAGACUGGAAUUAUCUACUCCUGUUGGAGACCUAAAUCAUUCUUUGUAUGCUGCCUCUGGCUCUGACAUGAGGAAAUGAUGCAGUUUCAACCCAAUUAAAUAAUAAUAUGUUUGAAUGAUACAAUGCAUUAUGACACUAUUUCAUAAGAUAGUGUUGACAAAUAAGCAUUACCAAUAAAAUAAGGAAUUUCACAUCUCUUCACGGUUUUUGAUUUUUUUAAACCACUGUUUUAAAAUUGUGCAUUAUUUAUGUAAAUGGAUUUUGGAUGUGGGCUUGCUAAAAAAAAAAAAAAAAAAGCCCCAAAAAACCUACCCAUUUAGCAAGUGAAGUGUUGUGAAAGAGUCACUAAUGCAUCUCCCCAGUUCCUUUCUCAGUGUGCCAUUAUUGGAAGCGAACUGUAUUAAAAUGGCAGCAAUUGCUGCUUUGCAGUUUCACUCCCACCAAUUGUGAACAGCCUACACUAGCCGUAACCCUAAUUAAAUAUGUAAAAAUAAAUCAAGAAAUAGAAAAGAUAUAUAAAACAAAACAAAAAAAUGAAUGCCAUCAUCUGGUUCUGGAGACAUUCAUAAACCUCCCAGAACAUUUUUCUUCAUAAUACAUAUACAACAUAUAUGUAAAUAAAUGACACACACUGAUAAAAAGGCUGUAAUCCUUUGUUAAGCGAAUGGUUUAUGGAUGCAACCUUCAAACUGAACUUUAUACUGUCAGUUAUGGUUUUAUUUCACAUUCACAGAGCAAGUCACUAAACUCAGAAGUUUAGGAAAUUAAAUACAAAUGGCUAAACUGAGUCUAAAAUAGGUGAUUUGAAAAAUUCUCUAACUAUGGUUAGAAAAUUUGAGACAUUCUAUAUAGCUAUAGUUAUUGCUUAGCUACUUUGGCCUCAGUUUUGCUAUUCAUAUUGUCUGGAGACUGGAGACUUUUCAAAGACCACCAAUGGUGACAAUGCAGAUUGGCGUACAGUGUAAAGCAGAGGUUCUCAACCUAGUCCUCAAGGACCCCCUACCAGUCCAGGAUUUAGGGAUUACCUGGGUGUGUCUAAGGUGUUUAGAAAAAGAAAAAAAACACACCUUAGACUCUAAGGUUUUUUCUUUUUCUAAACACCUUAGACACACCCAGGUAAUCCCUAAAUCCUAGACUGGUAGGGGGUCCUGAGGACUGGGUUGAGAACCCCUGGUGUAAAGGGAGGCAGGUAAAGGUGAGUUCUCCUUACCUGACCAUGUCCUUCACUGGAGCCGCAAUCUUCUACCAGCAGGUCCACUUCAGCUCCUGGCACUCCAUCUCCAGGAACCAACGUCACUGCUGAACACAUGUAUGAGAGUACAGCAUUGAGGUCUAUGGAGGAUCCCACAAGACAGCAUGAUCGUCCAUAGAUACAGCCAAUUCCCUGCAGCCAUCACUAAGCUAAGGGAUUGACACUUCUAGAUGACGGUAGCGCUGCCCAGUGUCUAGAAGUGGCAGGUGUAGGAAAUAUACAGAGACAAACUAGUCCUUACUUACUGUCAGUAGAUCUCUUGACUGGAUUGGCAUUUCAGAGUAAAGAUUCUCUCUUUAAAAAAUCUGCCCAUUAUUUCCAUGGACAUAACGUGUUUUAGGUUCAAAUUGUUUUAUGAGGCAAGAAGGCAGGAGAACAUAGAGCAAUCAUAACUCUCGUAUAUAUUCAUCAGGGAGGUCACAAAUUACAGAAAGCCUCACAUUUUUCCCUGACCACCACCCAUAAAUGUCUCAAUUGGUCCUGUGUGAAGGGAGCAAGUGUGAUUAGGGAUUUUUCUAGCAUCGGAGAGGGAAUAAUCUAAAUUUUAUUAAAGACAGGAGGCUUCAUAUUUGCUUAAUCUUCUUUACUGAAAACCUCCAGCAGGAAAAAAAUAGUUAACAUAACAAAACAACCAAUCAGAACAAAAUAACAUUAGUAUAAAACCACUUAGGCAGACCCUCCCAUUUCCUCUUUCUUUGAUGAGGUCGAGCAUGAAGACCGACGAAAACCAACUGUAGUAGGUACACUCAGAUGAGAAACCGCCAUAACCAGAAUAAAUCCAGAUUACACUGCAAGGAAAAAAACAUUGUGAAAGUAUACUGCCAAAGCAGAAUGUCAUGCCAUACAUAUCAGAACAUCAGAGGAAUAUGAUUUGAUGAAGAAGAGCAGACGGACAACCAAAACCGCAGUACAGAAAAUAUAUUUAUUAGUCAAACAUGAUACCAUACAUUACCAAAAAUACAACAAUACUCCCAAUUAACCCCUUAACGCCGUUAUGGCGUUCUAUGCUGUCCCGCUUUAAUUGGGCUUUAAAGCCGUUGCGGCGGCAUAGAACGCUGUAACGGCUGAAGCCCCUGGAGCACCCGGGAUACUUAGCUACCUGGCGCUCAGCUUCGGGAGGACUGCCUCACAGCCCAGGCAGCCCUCCCACGGCAAAAGAGGCCCCCGGGGGCCAUGUGAUCGCUCUCAAAGAGCGAUCACAUGGCCCCCUAUAGCUGGCUGUAGAUCUGCCAGCAGGGGGACUGUCUGAAAUGUCAGACAGACAGUCCCCCUGCUGGUGGGUAGUAGUAAAAAAAAAUUAUUAAACGUGUAAAAUAAAAUAGAAAUAUAUUUAUAUAUAUAUAAUAGAUGUAUAAAUUUGAUUGACAUGCCUGACAACACAGGGAGAAAGUGCAGAGAAUUUAAUUCGCAAACACUAUAUUUGACCCUGUAACUCUCCAAGACACCAUAAAUAUAUUUGUGUUUAGUGAAGUCUCCCGAGAAUAACAGUACCCCCCAUGUACAGGUUUUAUGGUGUUUUGGAAAGUUAGAGAGUCACAUAUAAGGUUUGCAUUUCAUUUUUUUGACAUUUAAAUUUGCCAGAUUGAUUAUGUUGCCUUUGAGAACGUAUGGUAGCCCAAGAAUGAGAAAUACCCCCAUGAUGACAUACCAUUUGCAAAAGUAGAUAACCCAAGGUAUUGCAGGUGGGGUAUGUCCAGUCUUUCUUAGUAGCCACUUAGUCACAAACACUGGCCAAAUAUUCGUUUUUUGCUUUUUUCACACAACAAAUAUGAACGCUAACAUUGGCCAGUGUUUGUGACUAAGUGGCUACUAAUAAAGACUAAACAUAUCCCACUUUCAAUAUCUUGGGUUGUCUACUUUUUCAAAUGGUAUGCCAUUAUGGGGGUAAUUCUCAUUCCUGGGCUACCACACCGUCUCAAAGGUAACAUUACUAAUCUGGCAAAUUUCAAUUUGAAAAUGGAACGUUCUAUAUUUGACCCUGUAACUUUCUAAAACACCAUAAAACCUGUUAAUGGGGGGUACUGUUGUACUCGUGAGACAUCGCUGAUUACAAAUAUGUGCAUUUUUUUGCAGUAAAACCUAACAGUAUUAUGAUAUUCACAGCUAAAAUGUCAGACGGAAAUACAAAUUUAAAACAAAAUCUUAUUUUCUCACAUUUUUUUUAAAUUUUAUUCAUAAUAAAUUAUGUUCCAUAUAUGAAUACUUAAUGAUAAAUUAAAGCCCUAUUUCUCCUGAACAAAAUGAUAUAUAAUAAGUAUGGGUGCCUAUAAGAUGAAAGAAGGGAACUACGGGUAUACAGACAUAGUGCAAAUUCCAGUUUUUGUUUACGUUUUGUUUUGAUCAGAACGUGCACUAUUGACUCCGUCCUGAAGGGGUUAACAGAAUAGCAAAAAAUCCCAUACCAAGGAGGGAAAACAUCAAAAGGGUGGGAAAUAUUCGCAUCCAGUCCAUAAUAAAAUUUAGAUUAUUCCUUUACCAAGGCUAGAAUAAUCCCUAAUUUUAAGGCAAGACAGAAGGCUUCAUAUUUACAAUUUUAACGCCGAGACAUAAAAGCAGAAGAAACAGAAGAUCGCAGCCGAAAAUAAAAAGUACGGAAAGUCGAUUUUCUAGACCAGUCAGCUGUGCCGAGAAUAUCCGUAAGGGACCCACCGGCAUCUAGGGCUGCCAAAGCUGUAGCACUCCGAACCGAGCUUGCUCCAAAGGAACUUCCCACGCCCGCCAAUGAAAGAACCCAUCGAAUACAACGAGCGAUCGUAGGUGCAGAAACAGCCCUAAACGGUCAAACAUAGGAAAUAAAUAGCUGUCCAUGUGCAGAGGGCCGAAAGCACGGACAGACACGUCCGUAGACAACGAGCCACACAGAGACCUGGUCUAUCCGGUAAUUAGGGAUACGACACUAAAGACGAAUUAGGAUUUUGUUCUGCGUGAAAUGGAAACAGACACACCGUCUGGAGAAAGGAAGAAAGAUUCUACAUCAAAAGCUCGAAACGACAUGAGGCAUAACAGUAGAGCCAGUUUAGCAGAAAGUUGGCAAAGAGAUAAGUCUCCGUUAUCAGGCCAUUCCUCGAGGAAGCGCAAAACAAGCGAAACAUUCCAAAAUGAGGAACAGUGAGAAGUAGGUGGCCUCGAAAGGCGAACACUUCGUAACAGUCUGCAGACCGAGGGGUCCUUACCAACGGCAGAACCUUGAGAAGGUACAUGAGCCGCCGAUAUAGCCAAACGGAAUACAACUUACCCUGAGAGAACUACUCCGCCAGAAAGCUCAGGACAGCCAUGAUAGGAGCCGUAAAGGGAUCCAAGCGUCUCUCCAGACACCAGCCAUGCCAGGAUCGCCAGGCAUGCAGAUAUGAUCUUCUGGUGCCAGGCACCCAAGAGUCCCAGAGUAACUCCCUAGCCGUUUUCGAAUGGCCCGAUAUCCCAGGAACCCUUUAAACGGUCCAGGCCACCAGCGACAGAUGACCCUCUAAAACCAACAGAUGUGUGUUCUCCAGAAACCUGGAGACAGGUAAAAGAAGUGGGUCUUCGUACAAUAACUCCAGCAGUAGAGGGAACCGUAGUUGACUCCUCCAAAGCGGUGCGAUCAGGAGAAGCGACACUUUCAGAAGCUUGAUCCGGUGUAAUGUCCGGAGGAUCAUGGAGAAAUGCGUCCACCUCUUCACUGAAGGGAUCCGGGAGCCAACUGAAGAAUAAGUCCGUUUGGCGAUUUGCACUGGAUAUGAACAGAUCCAGGUGUAGGGGACCCUGAAGGGAAUCCAGCAUCCGAAAUCCUGAAUGGUGUAAUUGCCAAUCGCUGGCGUCUCUCCAGUGUCAGGAAAACCAGUCCGCCACUAGAUUGUCCGGGCCUGGGAGGUAUUCCACUACAAUCGAUAAGUUCUUGUCCAGACAAUACUGGUAGAGGUCCCUCGUCAGAUCUGACAGCAGUUUGGAUUGGGAACCUCCGAAGCGGUUUAUGUUUGGGAACCUCCGAAGCGGUUUAUGUAGUGUACCGCUGAGAUGUUGUCCAUGCGUAGAAGCAGCGAGCAAUGACUCAUCCCUUUGGUGAAACUCCAAAUGGCGAAAGACCCCACAAUCAGUUUCAGACAGUUGAUGUGAAGGGUCUUCUCCUCUGGGGUCCAGAGUCCUCCAGUCGCCUCGCCACGCCAUCGCAAGCAGUGCCCGAGGCCAGACAGCUGGCAUCUGAUUCCAGGACGAAGUUUGGUCGGAAUCCGAAUAUCGCCAUGCUGUUCCAGGCCUCCAUGUGUCGAAGCCACCAGUGGAGUUCUAGACUGGCCUCGUCCGAGAGACGUACUACUAGGUCGUAGGAGACCGAUGACCUGAGAUAUUGUGCCUUCAGACGUUGUUGAGCCCGAUAGUGUAGGGGUCCUGGGAAUAUGGCUUGGAUGGAGGAUGACAGCAGUCCUAUCGUACGCGCCAGAUACCUCAGCGUGGCCUGUGAGUUGCAUAGCAGAUGUCUUAUAUUCUUCCUGAUACCUUGGACAUUAGAAGGCGGAGCACUGCCUGAAACGAAUCCACCAUGAAUCCCAGGAACUGGACUGACCGAGAGGGGGUCAGUUCCGAUUUCUCCAUGUUGAUGACGAACCCUAGGUCCUGGAGUAGGUGGAUCUUGAGCUACAUCUGUCGGCGCAAGACGUCCAGAUCCUGUGCCAUCAACAGAAUAUCGCCUAGACAGGCGAUUGAUCUGAUCCCCUGGCCCUCAGAGUCGCCAUAACCAGUUUCAACAACUUGGUGAAGCACCAAGGAGCCGGACUGAGACCAAAUGGAAGGCAUGUGAACUGCCAGGGAAACUGAAGGAAACACCUGUCGUCACGGUGGAUCGGUACCGUGAGAUAGGCAUCCUUCAGAUCUAGCCGGGAGAACCAGUCUCCUUCGCAAAUCAGGUCUCUUAAGAGACAUUAUGACAGACACUGGGAGACAUGGGGACACUGGGAGAUGUCCCCAAGUCUCCCAGCCAGUGUCCCUGGUGUCUUAGUCAGUGUCCCUAGUGUCUCAGUGUCCCCAUGUCUUCCAGUUCCCCCAAGUGUGUCAAUGUCCCCAUGUCUCCCAGACAGUUUCCCUAGUGUCUGUGUCCCUGGUGUCUCAGUGCCCCCAUGUCUUCAAGUGUCCCCUAUUUUCCCAGAGUCCCCAGUGUCUCCAUGUGUCCCAGUGUUCCCAGGUCUCCCAAUGUGCCCUGUCUCUCAGUGUUCCUAGUGACAUGGGGACCCUGGGAGAAAUGGGGACAGACACUAGCGGGCACAAAGAUGUGGGAAUACUUGGGGACACAGGGAAACUGGGUGACAUGGUGACACAAGAGGACACUGGGAGACAUAGGGCAUUGAGACACUGAUACAUAGGGACACGACACUAGGGGACACUGGGACAUGGGGCACUGAGACACUGAUACAUAGGGACACUGAGACCUGGUGUAAUCGACACAUGAGGACACAGCCAUGAGGGCACUGGGAGACAUGGGGGCACUGGGAGACUAGGACACACUGAUACAUAGGGAAACAGAUAGUGGGAGACUUGAAACACUGGGGGACAGGGAGCAAUCCAGCUAUACAGCAGAAUCAAACUAAGUAGUUUUUUGGUGAUUUUACAGCAUUUUCUCUUAUGUCACUCCUUGUGAUUUGCAUCUUGUCACCCAUACAUAAAAAUAAUUAUGCAAAUUAAUAAGGCUGGUAUGUUUUUCCAAGAAAGGUGGCAACCCUAACUACUUUUCACAUACUCUUGCUUAAGUAUGGAAACUUAAGAGGGAUGUAAGGGAACAAAACUAAUUAAAUUAGUUAAGGUAAUGCUGACUUUGGUCUCUAACACUGUGGCAUGUUCCCUUUCUUCUACACUCACUACAUAAAGCUUUUCUCUGUCCCAGAAGCUUCUGCCUGCUAGUAAGAAGGUAAGGUGACAUAUGGUUCAGCGAGUGCUAGGUACAGUCCUUAGAAAGCAUUGAGCGAGCACAUCACUGGACGCUCAGGGUGCUGUUUGCAUAGUAUGCCCUUAGUUGGCCAGCUUGCAUGAUUGGCAGCAAGCCUGACAUGCAUUCAUGCCAGGCUGGCUUUCCAAUUCUUUUGGGCAUGUUCACCCUUUUGGCUGGUUACGUGAUUUGCAUCAGUGGCACACCCUUUUACCAUUCCCAUUGACUAUCCACCCGUUGCCCAAUAACACACGUCAGACCUUGUUAUGUUGGAUAAGGGCAACAGCCACAGCUUUAUUGCCAGCAAGUAUUCACCACUGUCGGCUGUUGGGGUGGUUCACCAACAGACAGGUCUAUCCGCUUAAACCAUGAGUCCGGACCAGCCUGCCUUCGCCAUCAGCUCCCGGCAGGCUGCGACUCCCCAAGCCUCCUCAGCACCUUCUUCUGCCUAUGACUUAGGAUCCCUGCACAUUUCCAAGCUGACUGGUAAGUCACCCCACCCAGCUGUCCCGUAUAUAUAUCCAGUACCCAUAUUGUUAUAAUGUAUCCAUUUUGUCCCAUCCCCUUAUCUCUGCAUCAGUCAUGUCCCCCUCUUCCUUAUCAGUCCAGGGAGGGUCUUUCCGGAAUCUUUGGAUGUCAGUAUACAUCCAGAGAUAGUGGAAUACAUCCAUCUCCUCUGGACCACAUUUUGGACAGCUAAGUGUAUUCAGGACAUGCAAAUGAUGUUGACAUCAUGUUUUUUAAAAUUGUACUUUACGGUUUGACUGCCAUUAUACAGUCCUCUAAUUUUAUGACAGCAUCACAGGAUACAUGUCAGCCUGACAAAUAUUAAAGUAAAAUUUCUAAUCCGUAUCUCCUACUUGUAGCUGCCUCCAUUAAUUUAUUUCUCUCCUGAAAUGAACCGUGUAGACAGAACAGGGCCGGUGCAAAGAAUUUUGGGUACAUAGGCGAAGAUGCAUUUUUCGCCCCCAAAAACAUCUUCACCCAUGUGCCUCUUAACCUCCCUUUUGUGUUUCUUAUCCCGUCUUUUAAAUAUCUGACUCCUUUUGCCUUUGUCUGUCUCCUAUCUCUCCUCUUUGUAUGACUCUUACAUCCUCCCACAUUUUGUGUCUUACUCCUCCCAGCCCCUUUGUGUGACUCCUUUUCUCCCAACCCCUUUGUGUCUUUUAUUCUUCCCAGCUCCUUUGUGUCUCUUUCCUUCUCAAACACCGGUGUGUGUUUCUUUCACGUCCAGCCCCUCUCCCUGUCCCUUAAUGGUCCCCUCCCUUCUCUGACCCUUACUGUUCCUCUCCCCUCUCUCCUCCUUUUCCUGUUCCUCAGUGUUCCUUUCCCUUAGUGUUCCUCUCCCCUCCCCCCUCUGUUCCCUGUCGCUUAGUGUUCCUCUCCCCCCUCCCUCCUUUUCCUGUACCUUAGGGUAUCUCUCCCCUCCUCUCCCUGUCCCUUGGUGUGCCACCCACCCCCAUAGUGGUCCCCUCCCCUUCCUGGUGUGCCUCCUACUUUUCUUGUAGCGUGGCUGAGCGGAGCGAAUCCCGGUACAGUGAGCUUUUCCUGUCAGUCCUUCCAGGUACAGGAAACAGUACUCCGCUUGGCCACGCUACAGUCAGGGGUGUAUAAACACUGACAGUCACACACUCAGUGACAAACACAGACAUCUCUGACAGCCAGACUCACUUAUCUGACACACUCAUUCACUGAGAGACACUCACACACACACACUGACAGACACACACACACUGACAGACACACUCACACACACACACAGUGACAGACACACACACACACACACACACUCACUGACAGACACUCACACACACACUGACAGACACUCACACUGACAGACACACAGACACUCACACACACACUGACAGACACUCACACACACACACACACACACACACACACUGACAGACACACACUGACAGACACACACACACACACACACACAGACACUCCACACACACACACUGACAGACACACUGACACUCAGACACACACUGACAGACUCACACACACACACUGACAGACACUCAGACACACAAACACUGACACUCACACACACACACACACACACACUGACAGACACUCAGACACACACUGACAGACACACAUACACACUCACAGACACGCAUACUCACACACACUGACAGACACACUCACUCACACACACUGACACUCACACACACACUGACAGACACUCAGACACACACUGACAGACACACAUACACACUCACAGACACACUCACAGACACACAGACACUCACACACACUGACACACACACACAAACUCACAGACACACAUACUCAUAUGCACACACACUGACAGACACACACACACAAACUCACAGACACACAUACUCACACACACUCAUAUGCACACACACAAACUCACAGACACACUCACAGUAAUUAAUCAUCUAAAUUAAAUUUAAAUUUCCCACCCAGCCUCCCUACCUGGAGAGCUGGCGUGGGUCUCUCAUUGGUGGUCCAGUGGGGCUGCUGGGAGGCGUGCGGCUGAAUUGGAUGCCUAGGGAGCUCUGAUCUCUCUGAUCUGCUCUCUCGCAGGCUGUUUACUGAUGACGUCAUAUUCCGGCUCCCGCGGCAUCAGUAAACAGCCUGCGAGGGAGCAGAUCAGAGAGAUCAGAGCUCCCUCGGCAUCCAAUUCAGCCGCACGCCGCGCAGGGGAUCCAGGAGGUGACCUGGCAGGAGGGAGCACUUCCCUCCUGCCGGUCACCGGAAUUUUGCGCCCCCAGAGCCAGUGCGCCCUAAGGCGGCCGCCUGUGCCGCCUUAUGGACGCGCCGGCCCUGAGACAGAACCAGUGCCUCCCCAGCUCCUGUCCUGUUAUAUUAUUUUUGGGAAAGGAGCUGAAUUAGCUGUUGCAGUUGCAUUUAAAAAUAAACAACAUAGAAUACAUAAUGUUUAGACCUGUAUUAAGAGAAAAUAAUGCCAUAUCAAUCUUGUGGUGUAUUAUAAUGACUCCAGAAUCUACCAAUAGCAUUAUUUUCUUUUUAAAAAAGGUUUAUGAUUUUGUUUUGUUAUAUCUUCUUUAUUUAGUGACAACAUAUCCCUUGGUGCUGCCUAAAUUAAGAGUGAGGUUGUUAAUAAACACAAUACAAAAAACAUUUAUAUUUAAAUGUUCACUAGGAGUUAAAGGACCACUCUAAGCACCCAGACCACUUCAGCUUAAUGAAGUGGUCUGGGUGCCAGGUCCAGCUAGGGUUAACCCAUUGUUUUAUAAACAUAGCAGUUUCAGAGAAACUGCUAUGCUUAUCAAUGGGUUAAGCCUUCCCCCAAAGCCUCUAGCGGCUGUCUCAUUGACAGCCGCUAGAGGCGCUUGCGUGCUUCUCACUGUGAUUUUCACAGCGAGAGCACGCCAGCGUCCAUAGGAAAGCAUUAAUAAUGCUUUCCUAUGAGACCGGCUGAAUGCGUGCGCAGCUCUUGCCGCGCGUGCGCAUUCAGCCGACGAGGCGGAGAGGAGGAGGAGAGCUCUCCGCCCAGCGCUGGAAAAAGGUAAGUUUUAACCCCUUUCCCCCUUCCAGAGCUGGGCGGGAGGGGGUCCCUGAGGGUGGGGGCACCCUCAGGGCACUAUAGUCCCAGGAAAACGAGUAUGUUUUCCUGGCACUAUAGUGGUCCUUUAAAGGCCUUGCAUAUGACCUAAUAAUCUAGCAUGCCACCACUUUUAUGCAAAUUCUGCUGCAGUAAGGAAUGGCUUAUAAAGGCCCUGUUGGUGAGCUUACAUACUAAAAGAUUGAUUGAAAUAGACGAGUUACAAAUUUCUGCCCUAGUCAAUGUUUAAUGCUAUAAGGAACAGGCUCUCCUUGCCUCAGUAACAGAACCCAUAUUAACCUGAAUGCUGGUAAUUUGGCAUGAACAUGUAGGCUGAGGGUAAGUAGUAACCCACUUCCUCUUUUCCAAUGGGCAACAAAACAAAACUUCAGGGCACGGCUGUUGCUGAAUAGAUUUUAACCACUUUAAUAGAAAAAGGAUGAUAUAAUUAUAAAUUAAAAAUACAGUGUUGGAAAACAUUCCGACGUUAAAAAACAAAACAAAAAAACCCACAUUAUUAUAAUGUAAAAAAUGUGGGGAAGAGAAAGUGCAAACAUAACAGUGAACAUUGCAUUAUGGGAAAAUAGUGACUGGUUCUGGAGAUGAUAUGUUAAACCAUGAAACCGAAUCAUGUGGUUUUCUCAAAGUAUCCAGAGCCCCAUUAUGCAUCAUUAUCCAUUAAAACACACAUCACUUUCGUGUAUCCUUUCUACAACAUGUUAUUUUUAGAGUAGGGUUUGUAUAAGUGCUAAGGUAAUACGGAGAUUACUGGGUUGAUGUUCUAGGAGGGAUAAGCCAAAUGGCAAAUGAUUUAGGUAAACUAGAAAAACGGUCAGAGCUGUGGCAACUGUAAUGUGGAUAAGUGCAAGAUAAUGCAUCUUGGACGUAAAAACCCAAGGCAGAGGUUAACCUCAACAUCUGAGGAAAGGGAUUUAGGGGUAAAUUUUUCAGAUGCCUUUAAGGUAGGCAGGCAAUGUAAUAGAACAGCAGGAAAUGCUAGCAGAAUGCUUGGUUGUAUAGGGAGAGGUAUUAGCAGUAGAAAGAGGGAAGUGCUCAUGCCAUUGUACAGAACACUGGUGAGACCUCACUUGGAGUAUUGUACGCAGUACUGGAGACCGUUUUUCCAGAAGGAUAUUGAUAGUUUGGAUAGAGUUCAGAGAACGGCUACAAAACUGGUUCAUGGAUUGAAGGGUAAACCUUACAAAGAAAGGUUAAAGGAUCUUAACACGUAUAUUUUGGAGGAAAGACGAGACAGGGGGGAUAUCAUAGAAACAUUUAAAUACAUAAUGGGAAUCAACACAGUAAAUAAGAGAAGAAAAACUACCAGAACAAGAGGACAUUGACUUAAAUUAGAGGGGCAAAGGUUUAAAAACAAUAUCUGGAAGAGUUACUUUACAGAGAGGGUAGUGGACGCAUGUAACAGUCUUCCAGUUGAAGUGGUAGAGGUUAACACAGUGAGGGAGUUUAAGCAUGCGUGGAAUAGGCAUAAGACUAUCCUAGCUAUAACAUAAGGCCAGAGACUCCGAAAGUAUUUAGAAAAUUGGGCAGACUAGAUGGGCCGAAUGGUUCUUAUCUACCAUCACAUUCUAUGUUUCUAAUGGUCAUAGGCGUGCGCACGGGGUGUGCUGGGUGUGCCUAGGCACACCCUAAUCCCCGCGGCACGCACUAUGUGCCUCCCUCCGUGGGCAGGUGAGGGAGAUCAAAGAUCUCCCUCACCUAACCACAGGCAUGGAGGAAGGCAGGAGAGGACCAGGGGAGCUCAUGCCAGCAGCUCCGCCGGGUUCCUCUCGCGUGAUCGGAGCACAGAUCUCGCUAGAGUGAACUGCACCCUUACAUACACAGCACUCACUAACUGCACCCUUACACAUACACACACUAACAGCACCCACACACACACACACACACACACACACAGCACCCUUACACAUACACACACUAACAGCACCCUUACACACACAGCACACUAACAGCACCCACACACACUAACAGCACCCUUACACACACAGCACCCUCACACACACAGAGUGCCCGCACACACAGCAGUAUGUGUGUGUGUGUGUAUAUAUAUAUAUAUAUAUAUGCGGCGUGUGUUUCUGCUUUAGGGUGCACACCCUUAUACAAUAGGCUGCGCACGCCUAUGCUAAUGGUUAGUAAUAGUGUCAUGUAAGGAUUAAUGCAUAGUGUAGGGACUUUACUGUCAGGCUGCCAGGAUCCUUAUUCAGGUGCAAUAAGAUGCCGUAGGUAUUUAAUACACUUGUCUUGAGAAGAUGCCUGCUCCUAUCAGAUUUCAUGAGUGACAGCUGAGGAGGAAAUUAUAAGAUACAGUAGUUUAUUACAGCUGCAUAUUUUGCUAAAAGUAACCUCGCACAGAAGACAAUGUUCCUACAUUCUUUUAAUAUCUUUUGAUUGCAUUUCUGUGAACUUGCAAUUCAGCAUAAGUAGUUUUCACAAGAAUUCUAUUUUUAAGAAAAACAUAAGUGACUGCAAGCCUUUAACCAUGGCAAUGUAUGAAUAAUGCACACCUUUCUCUUGCUUCUUUAAAAUGCUUGCCUGAGUUGCAGAAUAUAUACACAAUGUAGAGAGAUAUUCCACAGAUAAACUGAGUUUGGAAGUUAUUCACACCUGCUCCAUACCUCUCUCCGCAGGAGGUCACAAUACAGAGGUUUUCUUCGAUGCCAGGUAAGUUGGUAAGGUCUGCAAAAGCUGUUUAUGUAGUGAGGUUUUCCAAAUAGGUAUAUAAAGUAUUAUUUUGGUGAGGAGAGUGUGUGUAGUCAAUGAGAAUAUUGGAGGAGAUAACCCCUGUACAGUACAAUGUUUUCCAUUAUCGUUUGCUAGUUUUAUUUAGGCACACACUAGGGGACUGUAGCUUGUUCUGAUGUCUCUAACCUGGUGGUAAAUCCAUAUCAAAUAAUGGGAAGAGAUCUGUAUCAGAAAUAGAUGAGGAAACUGACUGGGCCUUUACACACAGUGCAAACAGGGAACAGAAUGGAAAACACUUGAGACACAAAAGGAAAUAACAAGUAUGGGGUGAGAACCACUGUCUCAGUAUAACGGCUGGCAUGGAGAUAUAAAUAAACUUGUUAGGGAGGCAAGCGCUGAAAAUGGUAAUCAUCAGCGGAUAAUACAAAUAUAAUAAAACAAAAGUCACGAAUCUGGUUAGAAAAUAUAGUCAACCCCAAUCCUUCUGUUGACUGACAAGUUAGUACUAAAAAUAAAAAGUCAUAAAAGUUAGGAGAACUUGGGAUAUAAAGAAAAGCACACAGAGAAAUAUAUUAGUGUAUGUGCAGAUCAGAGCUUUGAUGACAUUGUACCCAACACAACCAUAAAUGCAAAAGUCCCUAUGUGUACGUCUGUGCAUAUGUAAAUUCUAAGAGCAUGAUAGAUGUGACCCCUGUCAGGGAGCUUGAAAUGCCAGGGUUAGGUUUUGUAAUGGAAGAGAAAGGUGUAGAGGUGUUUGGCAUGUGCUUGGAGGCAAUUAAAAAUAUAUUUAGCGUAUGCUAUAGGAAGAGAGCGGGUGUGGUUCUUUAGAUGAUGUGCAUAUUAGAAUAUGCUAGUCUGUAUGUUUUUCUGCAUAAACAAUUUUGAUAAUAGCUUGAUAGAAUUUCCUGAAAGAAAAGAGAAUUAUUUUUGUUAAAUUAUUUUAAUUGUAUACUAGUAUCUCCAGGAGGAUCAAACACUCAGAGGGACCAUUCUAACAUUCUACACACAAAAAAUUCCACUGACUUAAAAGAGGUGAGUAACACUGAAUCUCAUUCUGUUAUGUCUCCCUAACUUUUUAAUAGUCCUUACUCAUUCCUAGCAGUCUCUCUUCAGUGAGGGUUGGCUUCACAUACCUACUAUAUUGAGAUCAAGUGGUGACUGUUGAAGUUUUAAGACUGUAGGUGCCAGACUCCUUCCCCAGAAUUUUACUCAUCCCUAUACUGUACACUUACAUUUGGCAGGGGCUCCCUGAGCAGCUUCCAAGAUGUUUUUUUGCUUUUCUCUCUCCUGUGGGCACUGUAACCCCACCCCCUGGUGCUAUGAGUCAAUGAUAGCCCCUGAAUAGAGAGGCCAAUGAUAGCCCCUGGUGCUAUGAGUCAAUGAUAGCCCCUGAAUAGAGAGGCCAAUUGGAUGCCUCCACGCAUGAGCAGCUGGCUCUGCUGCUCAUGACAACUCAAUGGAAAUUCCUUCUUAAAGGAUACUAGGCAUGUGCAAAACCUACUGAAUCAGUGCAGAUUUCAAACCAGCACUGUUUUUGGCAUGCCUAGAUGCUCUAAAGUAAGCUUCUCCAAACAGCUACCAAUGAGGGGGUUGGGGCCAUGUAAAACUAAAACCUAUUGCAGAAUUUAAGAGACACUAAUGUUUUCCCAUAUAUUUUUGCUUACACCCCUCUCCCUCAGAAACAGAAUACUAAUGUUUCUAAACAAAUGCAAAUAAUUCUCCCCUCCACAAACACACACCUAAAAACUGGUGGGGUGCUGCACCCAAGAGUCCCUAUGUACUAGCCCCCACUGCUGGGAUCCACAUUCUAGUCUGACUGGUAGGCUAAUGCUGCUAUUAUAAUAAUCAUCCAGCAGGUGGCCACAUCGCUUAACUUUCACUAUUUCAGGGGAUCCAAAAAACUCACCCUGUGAUCUAUUCAAACUUUUUUACUCAACUGCAGAAUCACACUUUCCAAGAUCAUAAAAACAGCAAAACUAAAGGGAUAUAAAUAUAUAUAAUAUAUUUCCUGUAGGAUGAAUCAUUGAGCUUGUAAAAUGUAAGGACAAUAUAACACAUGAAAUGCACUGACUAUGCCCUUUCGGUAAAAACGUUUAAUGUUAGAAUGUAGUUUACGUUGUGCUGAUGAGCCCCAAAGGAUGGACCUGCAAAAAUCAUGGUUGGUCAUUCGUUUACUGUGUAGAAUUAUUUGAAACUAUGUUUAACAAUAAGCAAGAUGAGGCAUGCUCUAGUGACAUGCCCCAAACCUAAAGUACACCCAGGUAUUUCUUAUAAAGAGAUAUGUAGCUGUCUAAUCUGUAACACUCCAAAUCCUUACUGCUAGAGGCUGUUUUUGACACUGUUUUAAUUCAGGCCUUAGUGAAAAGAACUGUCUUCUCUAGUGUCUGUGGACUUGCUAUUGCUUUUAGCCUUUAAACUGUCUCUUUGUGCUGAUGUCUCAUACUCACCGAUGUGUCUCUUGGUUUCUCCUUUAGAUAGCAAAAGCUGUGGUAAAGUUUAAUUUUGUGGCUCAAUCAUCAAAGUGAGUAUUCAGCACAUUCCCUUCUAUUAUUACAUAUUGUAAACGUAAUUGUAAUUACUGGCGUGAUUACUUUAAUGAAAAUGGAACUGUAACUAAAUAAUUACAGCAGAAUGACUAAUCCACAACAGAUUGCAAUUUCUGUGGUUAAGACUAUGGGGC